CACCACAUCCCUCGAAAACACGCACGCACACACGCAACGCAAGCUUCCUCUCCAACGACUCCAAGCUCGCACGAGUGCAAGUGGGACCGCGGCUCUGAGGCUUUUGCGUGCUGCGCCGUCACGCCUUGGCUCUCGAGUAUUCAAGACGGCUCUCGCGCCUAGCACAGCCGCUUGCAGCGCCGGUAGAUCUCCGAAGUCGGGCACGCGCGCGGCGUGGCCUUUCUCUCUACUACUGGCUCUGCUCGCCAUCUCGACGACACAGCUAGCGGGGCCCACCCUUGCCUCUUUCUUUUCCACUCCACGCCCGCGCGCCAUCGAUAGCCAGCCGCGCACCCAGCCCAUGCCGUUCUCCUCCUUCACCACCUCCUCCUCCUCAGCCUCAGGCUCUGCGUCUGCCUCCAGCUCAUCAGCGCUGGCCGACGCAGAGGCAGAGGCCGCUUCGAACCCCUUUGCGCGAGAGUCCCUCUCGCUGCGCAACGACGACUUUGCUUCCAGCAGCAGCAGCAGCAGCUCCUCUUCAUCGAGCAGCAGCAGCAGCAGCAGCAGCGCCUCAAGCCGCGGUGCCUUUCUUCCUCAAUCGCAGCUAGCGGCUCGCGCCUUGGCGUACUCGACGCGCCCCAACCACGCCACGCCCACGGCGCUCGAGGCGCGCAUCCUCUCCGACCUGCAGCAUGGCGUCGCGCUCUCUGCGGCGCACGAGGCCGAGGUGGAGCAGCAGCUGACGCUGCAGGAGGGUCUCUUGCGCUCCGCAGGCGCAGGCGCAGGCGCAGCGGAGGAGAAGCAGCAGCAGCAGCAGCAGCAGCAGCAGCAGCAGCAGCAGCAGCAGCAGCAGCAGCAGCAGCAAGAGCAAGAGGAAGAGGAAGAGGAGAGCUUGGUCAGCACCGCCUUUCUCAUCAGCUACUUCCUCGCCGGCGGCGCCGCGGGCGCCACGUCGCGCACCGUCGUGAGUCCGUUGGAGAGACUCAAGAUUAUCAUGCAAGUGCAACCGCAUUCCUCGCGCUCCUCCUCCUCCUCCUCCUCCUCAAAAGCUCCUCGCGCCGCAAAGCCGGCGGCCUCCAAAGGCGCCUACUCCGGCGUGCUGACUGGCCUCAAGAAGAUGUGGGUCGAGGAGGGCUUCAAGGGCUUCAUGCGGGGCAACGGCAUCAACUGUCUGCGCAUCAUUCCGUACUCGGCCGUGCAGUUUAGCAGCUACGAGGUGCUGAAGCAGGCAAUGCGGGAUCCCGAGAGCAAAGAGCUGGGCGUGGCGGCUCGGCUGACUGCGGGCGCGCUGGCGGGCAUUGCGUCGGUCGUGUCUACCUAUCCGCUCGAUCUCGUGCGUUCGAGAAUCUCCAUCGCCAGCGCAAGUCUGUACAGUGAAGCCAAGGCCGCUGCCUCCUCCUCCUCCUCCUCCGACGCCAAGGGCAGCACGACGAGCGCACCAGCGACGGCAGGAGAGAAGAAGGAGAAACUGUCAAGGGCGGAAUUGAGACGCUUGAUAGAGGCCAGACAGAAGAAAGUGCCGGGCAUUUGGGCAAUGAGCAGGAAAGUGUGGAUCGAGGAAGGCGGAUUGAGAGCUCUCUAUCGAGGCUGCAUUCCAACAUCGGCAGGCGUAGCGCCCUACGUGGCCAUCAACUUUUUCGCCUUUGAGACGCUCAAGAGCUGGAACUUUGGCGCCGAACACACGGCCGAACAGGAGGCCAGCACGCUCAACAACUUGCUCUGCGGCGCCCUUGCCGGCAGCUUAAGCCAGACGCUGACUUAUCCACUCGAUGUGCUGAGAAGACGCAUGCAAGUGGCCGGCAUGAAGAACAGCCAGCUUGGGUACAACGACAAGAACUCAAUAGCGGCCAUUCGAACAAUCUUGAAGAACGAUGGCUUCUUUGGCUUGUACCGCGGCAUCACGCCCAACCUGCUCAAAGUCGCUCCGUCCAUCGCCACGAGCUUUGCCACGUAUCAGGCCGUCAAGGACAUGGUGCAUCACACGCUGCAUCCGGAGCCGUCAGAAGGAGGCACUACGACGCAUCACUGAGAGAGAGACAGAGAGAGAGAGAGAG